UCCUUUACUUCUUUGUCUUUGCUUUUGCUUUUGACAAUGGCUACCCAAACUCAAGAAAAGAAAACUAAAGGAAGACAAAGGAUAGAAAUGAAAAAAAUUGAAAAUGAAGAUGAUAAGCUUAUCACUUUCUCAAAGCGUAGGUCAGGGAUCUAUAAGAAAGCUAGUGAACUCGUCAUUUUAACUGGCACAGAAUUAGCUUUCGUAGUGUUCUCACCAGCUGGUAAGCCAUUUUCUUUUGCUCAUCCUUCUGUUGACGCAAUUAUUAAUAGGUUUUCUGGCGAGCAACCACAACCAAACAUACAAAGCAGUACUCAUCCCCUUAUCGAAGCUCAUCGCCGAGUAAGGAUUGAGGAAAUAAAUCGAGAGAGCAAUGAACUUCUCCAUCAUCUGGAUUCAGUGAAGGAGAAAGGUAAACAAUUAAAGCAAAAAAUGACAGGAAAUGAGAUAAAAGGGUGGUGGGAUACUCCCAUUGAGGAAAUGAGUGUCCAGCAAAUGUUAGAAGCCGAAGCUGCUUGUGGGGAGAUUCGAGCCAAAUUGAUCAACAAGCUCAAGGCCAAGACUUAUGAUGGAGCUUGUGCAGCUCAUCAUCAAGCUCAAAUAAUGAAUCCUUUUUUCUUCCCCUAGAUCAUGGGAAUUCAAUAUAUCUGUUGCAUAUGGAAUUCUAUAAAUUUUGUUACAGAAUUUCUCUCUUUUUAAGUUUUUCAAUAUGGGUUUGCUAAUUGAUAGUAUGUUUUAGA